AUGACCGACGGUUAUCGCUUCCAGCAAUUUGCUGCCCAUAAGGCAAGGCGGCGGAGAGCGGCUAUUGUCUGUAUUGGCUGUCAUGAGAGAAAGGUGAAAUGCGACCUGCAAGAGACAAGCGGGCGUGGAUGCAGCAAAUGCAGCAACUGCGCAGCGGCGGGUGUAACCUGCAGGACCCGACCGUCGAAGCGUAAGCGUCAAAAUAGCAAGACGUCCAAUGCAACCGCCGACAAUGAACAUGAAGCUUUGCGACCGACGACCCCUCCAGCAUCGAUAAACUCCAGUCAUGGCUUUCCCAGCGAUGAGACACCGUCUGGUGUCAACGAUGGCAUGUCGUUCUUCGGACUCCACGAGCUCUGCAAUGCUGCGUCGUUGGCGAGGAACCCUUACCCAGCUCACCAAAGUCCUCAUGGGACAGCACUUACCCCGGGGCAAAAUGACACGAUCGCUCGCCAGGCAGACGCUGCCGACAGCUAUCUCGGGGAUCCGGGGUAUGGAGAAGUCUAUGGCUCAGAGAUUCGACUCAAUGCCGACGAUCAACGGAGACAAGCCCAGGUGCCACCAGCCUUCGUUGAUUUACCCCCACCAGAGCUCCUGCAAGGCUUCGAGGAGACGUACUUUGAGUAUUGCUCUACCUGGUGCCCGGUAUUAGAUAAAGACAUCAUAGAAGAUGAUCUAGGGGCAUCACCACUAGUUGUGAACGCACUCUCCCUGGCCGCAAGCCAUGUCCAGCCCCCGGUGAUUCUCCACGCAGAACCGGCCACUUAUUACGGUCGCGUCAAAGCGCUGUUCUACGGCGAUCAAGAGCCAAAUCUCGUCAUGUGCUUGAAAGCAAUAGCUCUCGUGUACUGGUGGAGUCCACGUCCUCCCUCUAGAGUUCAUCGCGACUCGUCCUGGUGGUGGACGACGGUCGCUAUCCGACAUGCUCAACAUGGAGGCUUCCACAGGGAACCGAGAUCAGGUCAGCUGGACCGAUCGCAGUUUGACAGCGGUCUGCGACGGAGACUGUGGUGGACGUUUUUCGCACGAGAACGAUUAACGGCAUUGUGUCAAUGCCGACCGUGUGUGAUCGACCCGGAGGAUUGCAAUAUUUCAGAGCCCACGUUGAACGAUUUCCCUGUCCAGGACAUCAAGGCCGAGAUAUUCAUUCAGUGGGUGAAGCUCUGCGGCGUCAUCGGAAACAUCGCCAAACAUCUGAUGCGCACGAGCAACAACAUGACACUGCAUUUCCCUGUGAACCACGCCCAGGACUUAAUCGCAUGGGCACAUUCUCUUCCCAGUCACCUGUCUUUGCCCAUUGGAUCCGACCGUACGGUAUCUUUCAAUCGCGACGUGCACCAGCUGCAUCUGCCAUAUUUAGCAACUAUUAUUGUCCUACAUCUGAGCCAGUCUGCAAGACCGCUGCCCCGAGCAUAUCCGGCAGCAAUUCUCGCGGCAUCAUGUAUAGCACGAAUCUUGAAAGACUGCCUUGCCCGCGGUCGCAUUCGCUACCUAAUGGGCAUCUCGUGCUGGUAUUGCGGCAUGGCGAUGCUCGCUCUCCUGCAUGCUCGGCGUAUCCCCCAUCUGUCGAGAUACGCAGAGGAAGAUGUGCAAAUCGUACUGUUGGCUCUGAAGCAGCUCAAGAUCAUGUGGCCGACCGCCGAUAUCUUCCUGCAGGGCUUCGAGAGGUUGCGCAGUACGGCGGCUGAUUCACCCUCCGCAGAUGAGGCCUUUGACCUAGAAGACAUCAGUUUGAUUCACGGGAUUGAGUGGACUAGCUAUUUCCCUUUUGUGACGACGCGGACGAGUGGUCUGGCGCAUAUCUUGCUGAGCAAUCGGCAGAUGGAGUUGCCUCUUGACGAGGUAGGCCUCGAGCUGAGCACGUUCGAGGUGAAUGAUUUGUUUCGGCACUUUGAUGGGUUUUUGGACAUGGCUGCUUUUGGAGGAUAG